AUGCUAGAGAUUAAUUAAAAUUUAUAAAUAACUGUACAAGUAUAAACAGGAGAUAUAAGCUCAUCUGGAUUCUCUCACCGGAAAACAACAUGAAGUCAUCAUCAUGGACGUUUCUCACCACCACAAGCUUAGACCAGAAAAACCCAUCUCCGGCUACACCAAAGCAAAUGAAGAAGAGGGCUUCAAGGAACAAACCCAUCAAAGUGCGUUACAUAUCAAACCCCAUGAGAGUCAAAACUUGUGCGUCCAAGUUUAGAGAACUCGUACAAGAACUCACCGGCCAAGACGCCGUCGAUCUUGAGCUUGAACCCGAGUUUUCCCCUUCCGCUGUAUCCGACCACAGCCCUACUCCGCCGCCGCCGGAGACUUUUGCGCCACAUAUUCCUCAUCAGGAGCCGUUCGAUGAUCUGGUAGCUGGCUACUAUGAGCCGUUGGAUGGGGAAGAGAUGUUCUUGUCGCAGAUGUCGAGAGGUUUUUCUGGAUAUUUCUCGAAUGAGUUUUACAAUGUGAAUGACUACCUUGGAAGAAUCGAUUCUUUGUGAAAAAAUUCGGAGUAUUUAGGGGUUUCAAGUA